GAGUUAAGACGUGUAUAUUGUGCUUUUUACUAUCGAUCGAAUCCAUCCAGCAUGGGUGAUAAUAAUGAAAUUAAUUUCACAUCUAAUGAGGAGAUGGAUAACCUCCAAGCUGGGGACAAUACAGCGGAUAUAACAGCUGGUGUUGUUCGAUUGGAUCCCCAGAGGAGAUGUGCAAACGCACCACCCCCUAAAGUUGAAUUACUCAGAGCCAUUCUGAACAAUCAAGGUCCAGAUGGGGGACGAAAUAUUCGUGUCCUUUUCUGGCAAGAUCGAGCACGAGAGUUUAACGGACGUAUCCUGGGAAAGGUUAUCCACAUUCAACGAGGGAGGGUCGUCCCAUCGAAUCCUGCUUUCAUCAAUCACGCUGACAAUCUCAUCAGCGUGGAAUUAUCUAUUGGUGCAUCGACCAUGGUCGAUAUUCUUGGAGAUUUACCACAAAAUGUACCAGAUAUUCCGCAGCCAAGAGUUGUCGCCUCUUUGAGAACUCUUGCAAGAUACGAGGAUUUGAUACGUGUUGAGGGAUAUAUAAAAGUCAGAAUUCAGCAGCACGCAUUGGGGAACAUGAGUUACGGAGCUGGAGCCAUUACAAACGGUCGAUAUCACCUUUGCUUGAAUGUUGCCAACUUCGACAUACACGUAAGUCCACAAGUGGGUGCGCAUGUCACAGUUGAAGGGACUCCUCGAAGGAAUAGGUAUAACCAUCGUCCUCCAAGUGCAAAGAAUGGACGAAAUAAGAGUGAUGGAUGAACAAGUAAUGAGCCCACAGCAACUUCGAGGAGGUUUCAAGAGACUCCCUGAAAGGCAUGAAAUUGAUGACGAGCCAGAACUUCCUGUGCCUUUUGCAGUACCAGAGUAACCUGAAGCCGUUCAGGUUGCACCUCAGGAUAAUGAACCAGUCAUGGUUCCACCCCAGGUUGAUAACGCUGCCUUAGUCGCUGAUGUUGAAGUGGUAGCCCCUGCUCAGGUUGUACAACCAAUCAUUGAUGUGAGAGACAAUGCACCACCACUUCCACAAGUUCUUCUGGAUGAGGCAGCAGGACCAGUGGUACAAGCACCACUCUAUGAUCAACUGCACCCUCGAGUUAAUAAGAGGUCACUACCUGGAGCCAGGGAUGAGGGUGAAGCCAAUGGUGUGCUGGACGGUCGUCAAGUGAGACCACAACGAGCUCGACUGGACGACGGAGAUCAAGCUGAUCAUGUGGUUGUCAUCGAAGACGAGGUCGACAGGAAUGGACCCCCAUCACCAGCUCAUGGAGCAUAAAGCUAUCUGGACACCGGUUAUUAUCAAUCUUUUCUAAUUCAUUUGUUGGUACGCAAUA